AAUUUGAAGUGCAGUGAUUUUUUUUGAGGAGACGCAAGUGUUGUGGAUUUUUUGACGUUUGAAUUUUUUUUGGGAUACGUUCCUGUUUUUUUUUGGUAUCAGCUGCCGAGUGACCUUGACUCUUCCAAUCAAUGUAAUCUGGCGAACAAGUGCGGAUUAAACGUGCAAAUGACUUAGAGGCGUAUAAUGUCAUGUGAGGAGAAGAUCGCGUGACACCAUGGUGAUACGGUGCUUAUUGCUCGUGCUUUUGUGUGCGAUACCGCACAUAAUAUGUGGUCACCGGCAUGGACACGACAUAUCGACUGAGGACCCGGAGACCAUUGAGCAGCAUCACGACAACACCACGCAUCAUGGCAAGGACCGCGGCGGCUGGUCACAGUGGAGCGAGUGGUCGCUCUGCUCCAGGACGUGCGACGGUGGCGUGUCGCGUCAGCUCAGGACCUGUGCCUCCCCGGCCGGGUGUAGGGGCGAGCCCGUGCGGUACAAGAUUUGUAAUAUGCAGCCCUGUCGCGGCAACAUAUCCCUACUAGAAGAGGACAUCUGGCGGGAACAGCAGUGCGGCGCCCACGACGACACCCCCUACGGGGGGGAGUUGUUCCACUGGCGAGCGCACCGUGAUGACGCGGAGCCCUGCGCUCUCACGUGUCGGGGGACUCCGCAGCACUCGGGCCAGAGUCCUGAACCGACGGUAGCCCUGGAUGACGAGGAUCGCGUGGUGGUGGCGGUGCUCGCAGCCAGGGUAUCUGACGGCACCAGGUGUCGCCCCGGCAGUCUAGAUAUGUGCAUCGACGGCAGAUGUCAGCGAGUCGGCUGCGACCUGCGAGUGGGGUCAACUCGUCGCGUGGAUGAGUGUGGGGUCUGUGGUGGUGAUGGGUCAUCCUGCUCCAGACCCCGGUACCAUUGGCUGGCAACGCCGGGGUCAUUGUGUUCCGCUACUUGCGGGGGAGGUUACAAAAUGUCACUCGCAGUCUGCCGGGAUCGACUUACCGGGUCGGAUGCACCCGAGCAACUAUGUGAUGCAUCUAGCAAGCCGCAAGCAUCUGUAGUGCGGUGUAACACCCAUCCUUGUCCUUUCAAAUGGUAUGUGGGCGAGUGGUCGUCAUGCAGCGCCACGUGCGGCGGCGGCGUGCGCACGCGCCGGGUGCUGUGCGCGCGCUCCGCCAACGUCACCAAGACUGAUACUUAUGAACCUGGUGCAAACGCAGAGCCGGGUUGCGUGUCUCCCGCGCCGCGGUCAACACAGCCCUGCAAUCAACACGACUGUCCCGUCUGGGUGGCUGGACCAUGGUCAGGGUGCUCAGUAUCCUGUGGCGAAGGAGUGCAAGUCCGAGGAGUCGAGUGCACCCCAUCAGGAGGUGGAUGCGACCCUGCCACUAGGCCGGAGAUAUCCAGACCUUGUUCUACUGGCAUCAGCUGUCCAGCUUAUAGGGAGGCUGAUGAGCCUGAGGAUGAAAUUGAAGACCUGCUCCCCGGUGUGGUAUACCACACCCAGCCUCUCAUACAACCGUAUCCUCUGCCUCAAGCCAAGGCCGAGAGGCUUAUAGGAGAACCCGACGUGCCAGUGGAAGCCACCUACAUCAAAGAUGAUGACUGGGGCCCCUGCAGCGUCACCUGCGGCGAAGGUUGGAGAAAGAAGGAAGUCCACUGCAAAAUCUUCCUGGAAUUCAGCAGAACUAUUGCCAAGUUACCUGACAGCAAGUGCUUGGGUCCCAAACCUGCUGAGGAUACGGAGAGAUGUGUCAUGGAACCAUGUUCUAUGGCCUAUGGAACUUCUUUUGGAGAUUCCAGUGUGCCUUCUUAUGGUGGUGGUGAUAGCAGACUGCUUACCUUUGGAACUUCGAGUAACAUCAGGGUAGCACCAGGGUCACCAGGGAAAUCCUACUCUUGGAAGGAAAAGGGAUACACGAGCUGCAGUGCCUCAUGCCUUAGUGGAGUUCAGGAACUGAUCAUCCAGUGUGUAAGAGAUGAAGAUGGCAAGAACGCCUCCCCAUACAUGUGUGAUCCACUCACCAAACCUGAGAACAGGGUCAGGACCUGCAAUGACCAUCCUUGCCCACCCAGAUGGAACUACACGGAGUUCUCGCAGUGCACCAAGUCUUGCGGCAUUGGGAUACAAACCCGAGAGGUCACUUGUAUACACGAGGUGACACGAGGUGGUACAAACACAGUGGUGGUACCAAACAGCAUGUGUCCACAACCGCCCCCACCAGACCGGCAGUACUGCAAUGUACUCGACUGCCCCGUCAGGUGGCAUUCCGGAGAAUGGUCCAAGUGCUCCAAGACUUGUGGAGGAGGGAUAAAACAGAGAGACGUGGAAUGCAAACAAAUAAUGGCCCAAUCCCACGUGGUGGAGAGACCAGCCUCGCUCUGCAGUUCACCCCGGCCGGCGAGCACCAAGUCCUGCAACUCCAGACCCUGUCUGCUAGACACGGCUUCACCAGAGAUAUCGCUGGCUAACAGCUCGUAUAUACAGCAUGACCCUAAGAAGAAAAAGGUGACAGUAAAGGUAGGAGGGUCGGCAACAAUAUUCUAUGGUACUCAAGUCAAAAUCAAAUGUCCAGUGAAAGGGUACAAUAGGACCAAAAUACAAUGGGCCAAGGACCAUCAGAUCAUUAGCAAGUCCAAGAAGUAUAAGAUUUCCAGGAAGGGUGCCCUCCGCAUAAACUCCCUCUCACUCCGAGACCACGGAGUCUACACCUGCGUGGCCGGGAGGUCCAGUGCUAACCUCACGCUGCUCGUCAAGCCAAGACCUGGAGAGUUCCCCUCCAGCGAGGAGAUCGAAAGACAUAAGGCACUGGAUGAACCGUCCUCACCGCUGUCUGAUAGCAGAGCGGACGGUCGCUAUAGAGCCAUGAUCGGCUCUGAUGACCAGUCGCAUGAACAGCGCCCGGGGGACUCCAGGAAGAACUAUAAGAAUAGGCAGAAAGGUAAAAUCGACAAAGUUCGAGACGCUCUCUAUGGCAACACAGCUACCACGAGUACUAAAGCAUCGCCCAGCUUCAACUCGCAAGAACGAGAUAUGUAUGAUGAACACGAGAAGAGUGCCGUAUCCUCCCAGAUGUUACCGCCCAAGCGAAGCAGUGCCUCCCGGCUACUGCCCUGCCUCCAUUAUAUUGUAAUGCAGCUUCAGAUGUUUUGGAAUUUCCAGGGUCUUGGCAACUCGAGGGGUCAACGGACCGUUGACUCCAUCAUCAUGUACCAAAACUAUGGGGUUCCCGCCAAAACUCACGUUUUCAAUAUGGAGGACAAGCAGAUUGUGGUCCCAGAAGACGAUGACUCUGAUAUCAUUAUUGUUAAUGAAGAUUAUAAUAGAAAUGUUAUACCUGUUGAGAGUCUUAAAGAUUUUGGGGAAACCACUACGGAGCGAAGGCUAGAAGCUGUGGAUGCUCACGAAUACGUGUGGAUGACCACUGACUGGUCCCCUUGCAGUGCACUCUGUGGUCAAACUGGCCAUCAAGUCAGAGGGGCUGUUUGUCAGCACAAGACAGAAAACAGCACCAUAACAGUGGAGACUGAGGAGUGUCUGUCUCGAGGAGCCGCCGGACCCCGCGUGCUGAGGGAGUGCUCGGGACAGCGCUGCGCCGGCUGGCGGGCCGCGCCCUGGUCUGCUCCCAAGUGUCUUAGUACUGGAGCUGCCAUCAUCAGGCGUCGCGUGGAAUGCGUGUCGGAGAACGGCACGACACUGCUGGAGACGUCGUGUGAUGUCACCACACGGCCAGAGAAGGUCAGGAAUGACGCCAGCCCUUGCAGAGCCACGUGGGCUGUUGGACCUUGGAGUAAGUGCGUAGGCGCAUGCUCAUCGGUGGGCCGACAGCACCGCGCGCUGCGGUGCGUAUGGCGGGCUGCGGGCGCGAGGCGUCGCAAGGAGCGCAGUGCGGCGACCGCGUGCGAGGGCCUCAAGCGCCCCGGAGUCACGAGGCCCUGUCAGGUGCACGCGUGUCUUCAUAAAGAUGGCACCUGUCGGGACAGUUCCCGGUUCUGCGAGAACGUAAGAGCGAUGAACAUGUGCGCUCUCAAACGCUAUAGAGAGCAAUGCUGCAAAACUUGCUCCGAUUGAACGGAACGCAACGAGUUCGUAAUUAGAACGCUCUCGUUUCAAAUAGCGCGCGAAUCUGAGUGACAGGGAUUCGAAAAUGGAAUGACAAGUUCGUUUUUUUUUUCUCAAUAUGGCUGACGGUCUUAGGGAGGAAUUUUAAAAAGAAGAAAUAAAACAGACUUUAAUAAUAUAACUAAAACCUUCUCCUAAAAAUACUAUGUUAGAAACCGUUUGGUUUGCUCAAACGUAAGAUAAUACUACAUACAUACAUACCUACGGGUCAAACUGACAACCUCCUUUUUGAAGUCGGUAAAAAAUUAGAGUAAACAACAAAUUAAAUAACUCCAAUGUUAAAUUACAAGCAAACCUAAACCAACACUAAUCCUAUUACUAAUUUGACAGUUCGAAAUAAUUGCAUUAUACUCCGUACUGCUCUAGCAAACACAGUUAAAGUAGAUGGAACACUAAUUUCGCCAUUUCCAACCAAAAUCAACGCUAUUGUUUAAGAUAAUUAUAAUUCGGAAUUCAACUACAGAUAGUGCAAUAUUUCACGAGCUCGAUUCAAACUACUGAAUUAUUAAUAAGUGGAAUGUUGUCAUCCAGCGAGGCGCUUUUCGAAUUCAAACGGGUUCCAUUGUGGAUUGGCGGCCAUUUGCAAUAUCCCACUAAUCCUGUCAUUUACGUUAUUAAAUUAAAUUGGUAAAUAAAUAUAUAAUUCUACAAUGAUAAUAGCUUAUUUGUUCGUUUCCUUGACGGAUUUUUCACAUGCUAAAUAAAUUCAGCUGUUUAUCAGAGGUCUCAAAUACGGUCAAAAGUACUUAAUUAAAUACAACUAUUUGAGGAAAAAUAUUAAAAUGCAGUCUGAAAGUGUUUCUUUUCUAAAUUGUCUGAAAAAAAAACGUAGUAAAAUUUUCAGAAGUAAAGAAAAAUAAAAAACAAAGUCUUGUAGAUUGAACUGCGAACGAAUGAAUGGAAUUCUCCGUCACUCAGAUUUGAAUGAACGCUUUCCAGUGACAUUCGGAAUGAACUUUUUAAUAAUGGGUAAGGACAGAUUGUGAAGUGAUGUAACGGAAUGCUGUUUGUUUUUUUUUAAACCUACAAAAUGAGUAAGAUUGUCAC